GAGGAUCUGAAAAAGCUAGAAAAUGGUGUAAAGGUUUACUUUGGCCAAGAGGAAUACUUAAUGCGAGGAGCGAUAAUUGUAAUAGCUGGGGAUACACUAGCGGUUCAUGAGCUGUUUGGUUUGCUGGGACCUUCCGCCAAUAUGUUUUGUCGAGAGUUUCACGAAGAAAUCGUCGACGUAGAAACGUUUUCGCUGCUGGAUGAGACUGAUUUCAAUCGUUUGAACCUAAACACUGGACAGAGGAAAAAAAAUCAAAAAAUUCAAGCUGAAAUUAUCAGCAAUUCAAAAAAUACUACAAAGGAAUCUAUCAAAAAUGAACUUUAUGAGGAAUAUGAAUACAUCGAGCAAGAGGACGAACUGGGCGUUUCAUUGGAAAAGGAAUUUGAUAUUGACUGUGUGUUCCAACAGACACCAGAAGGCCGCAAUAUUAUCGAACUGUUGAAGGAACAAAAUUCGAUCAACAGCAAAUUGAUCAAAGCGAUCACAACCGUCCUGCCCGAGGUGAGCGAAUACCUUAUCAAUAGGUUUGGGUACCAUCCAAGUGCACAUCAUAAAAAUGUUGUGGCACUAUCCCUGGUUAAUAAAUAUGAUGUUUUGAAAUCGAACAGCGCAGCUAUGCCGCAGGCCUUAUGGUUCUAUCCGCAUGGACGAGGCCAUGGUAGACAUAGUGGCAAGUUGCACUACCAUAUUGAGUACAUGGUGAAGAAAUUUGAGAAGCAGAUUCGUCGAACAAAGGAGGAGAAUGCUGAUUCUGCAAAAGCACACAACGCUGCCAACGAUGAUUUAACCGGAGAUGGAUUGGUUGAUAUGAUUACUAAACUGAAGUUUAUUGUACCAUCAGAAGCGUCGUUCGAGGUAAUCAAAACCGACUGGAUGAAAACAGUUGAAGCUCGAAAUGUAUUGCGAAAAAAGGACAAAUCAGAAGAUUUGGCAGACAAGAUGACUGACAUGUUUCCACUGUCAACUGCAUUCAAUGGACUAUUGAUAAACUUGGAUUUCACGCAGAUGUUUCCUGAAACUAUCGAAAAUAGCAGCAACUGGAGUCUGCUGCAAGAUAAAGUUCUAACAAAAUUCAAACACUUCCACCCUACUGUAAACACUCAAUUUAUUCGAUCAUUGCUAAUUAUUAAAGAAAAGAAUCCAUCCCGUGGAGCAAAACGGGCUAACAAAGGUUCACAAAAAAUAUCCAACCUACUAGAAGGGAUUGUCGAGUGGAUAAAAAAAAUGUAUCCGGAGGAUGACAUCAAUCAGUAUGUCGUGGGCUAUCGGAGCACCAAAAAUCCUGUGAUGAUCGUCAAAGCACAGUUGUACGCUGAGGGCGAGUGUUAUAUCCGCAUCGGAAAACGAUUUUUUUCGGUAGGGUCCGAAAUUGAGCAAGCGUUUACCACAUUGAUCAAAACGCACUAUUUUUUUAGCUACAAAUUUGAACCAGCACAUGCGAAUUUUUUCUCUCUUUUUACGGGAGCUAUUUUAAACGUGGCCAAACCAUCAACUACUGUAACUGAUUUUCUCGUUCAGUUGAAGUAA